GAAGAUAUUCGUAAUAGAAUUUCUCGAAAAUGUGCCAAGAACAGCAACAAGUAGCAGCGGCAAUUGCCAACACCAACACCAAUACACAAAUGCAAAGUUCAAAGCUGAAGCCGAGCUAUAGCAUUAAGCGUGUCUUGCAGACACUCUUCCGUAACAAACAGCAGCAUCAGCAAAAGCAAAAGCAGCAACACCGUCAACAACAACGUUUGCAGCAACAACAACGUCAACGUUUAUACAACUCAUUGGAGUCUUUGGAGUCGCUUGAAAAUUUGCGCAAUUCCCAAAUGGAGGAGCAACACUACUAUGAAGAGAUCGAGGACAAUUCGGCCAAUGAAAAGCUAGCCGAGUUGGUGCAAGAGGUGCAGCCCGAGGACGAAGAACACGAUAUCUAUGUACCAGUACGUUUUGCACGCACCAACGCAGGCACCUUUUUCUGGACCACCAACUUGCAACCGGUAUUGAGCAGUUUUGCACCCAUUGCCGCCGAUGAGGAUCUGUUGCAGCCCAGCUACUGCUACAGCAACUCUCAAUAUCCACAUAUGCAGUACCCUUAUCAGCAGGAUCGCUGGGCACAAGCUUGA